CGCUAGCCGCGGCCCACAGUCUCGCCCGCUCGGCUGCCUGAGGCACGUCGUUUCCUCGUGUCCUUCGUCGGGCGUAAUCGCCGCUUCUGCCCGACCCGCCGGCCCAUCCCGCUGCAGUGAUGUGCGACAAGGAGUUCAUGUGGGCCCUGAAAAACGGAGACUUGGAUGAGGUGAAGGACUAUGUGGCUAAGGGAGAAGAUGUCAACCGGACACUAGAGGGUGGGAGGAAGCCUCUUCACUAUGCUGCAGAUUGUGGACAGCUUGAAAUCCUGGAAUUUCUGCUGCUGAAAGGAGCAGAUAUUAAUGCUCCAGAUAAACAUCAUAUCACCCCUCUUCUGUCUGCUGUCUAUGAGGGUCAUGUUUCCUGUGUGAAAUUGCUUCUGUCAAAGGGUGCUGAUAAGACUGUGAAAGGCCCAGAUGGACUGACCGCCCUUGAAGCCACUGACAACCAGGCAAUCAAAGCUCUUCUCCAGUGAUGGAUGGAUGGACUGAUAACUUGGGAAGAAUGACUCUCCUGUGGCCUCACACUGCUGCCUGUCUGUCUGUCACUUUCUAUCUGCCAGCUUCUUCAGCUAAAUACUUUAAGAGGGUGAAGGGAGAGAGAAAUUCAUAACAAAUCAGACUGCCAGGGGGGAAUUAAACAUGUUUUGGAGGAGCAGUGGGGAAUGUGAUGAGACUUUUACUGGGAUUCCUGAACAAACCAGCCUGUUUUUCAUUUCCAGUAAAAUAUACAGCUUAUACCCAAGGGAGAGCAGAAAUACCGUCUGCUGGAAUCCUUGGACCUUCUCAGCUCCCUAGUGAUUUCUUAAUUAGUGUACUGAAGGUCUGGCCACACAAGGCCAACUCUUCCUAUUUGGUGGCCCUAGCUGUGAGCAGUAGUGGCUGCUGUUCUGUCAACUUAGGGUGCUGAGAUAAGCAAUUAGCUCCAGCCUUCCUUCUGCCUUAAGAAUGCACUCUCCUGGGGGCUCCUGGCUGGUUAAGAGCGCUGCCUGCAGUUAGUGACCAAAACCUCUCUCGAAUGACUUUAGUCUUUAUGUAAGAGCUUAGAUAAGGUUAGGAGCAGCGCACUCCUCAAUUGCUGGAUGACUAAACUUUGGAUUUUCUCUCCCCUUUCACAUCAAUUUCAUGUCUCUUUUAGAUAAAACUGACUAGUUUUAUUUAUAAAAUGUUAAAUUCUAGGAGCCUAAAGGAGGAACCAUUCCAGUAGGCUGAUUUCUUUUUUCUCCUUUAGACUCAGACAUUUAUAUAACAUUGAAACACUUUGAGACUCCUUCUGGUAGUAAAGGAGAUUUAAAAAUAAAAUCAUAGCCAUAA